UUGGGAAAAGAAAAGCCAAAAUGAUAUAAAAUUUAUAAAUAAAUAAAAGAGUGCCGAAUAAAUUGAAAAAAUACAAGUGUUAAAUAGUAGAAAUAAAAGAUACAAAUUAAUAUAUAAAUACAAAAAUGUCUAAAUACGAAACACAACAAAUAUGCCGGGAAACCUCACCGUUUUAUCAAAAUGAUAAUAAUCUAUUUUAUAAUAAUAAUAAUUAUCGUUUAAUGGAAAUGAAUACAAUUGAACAUUCUUGGAAUACUCCAACCUAUUGCGCUGACACAAAACAUCAUCCGCAACAACAGCAGCCACAACCACAAGAUUGCUGCCAAGCUACCACUACCACCUGUACUUUAACAGCCAAUAUAAAUACUAAUAAUUAUUAUCGCUCACCAAGUUAUUGUCCAGCUUCUUCAUCAGAUUUGGAAGAUGUGGAAACCCAAUUUCAUGAUAGCUUGUUUACAAACGUUUCACCAAAAACAAUUCCUGUUGCUCCAGUUCGCGUGAUAAAGAAACGCAAUACAGCGAAUAAAAAAGAACGACGGCGGACACAGAGCAUUAAUAAUGCUUUCUCUUGUUUGCGGGAAAAAAUUCCCAAUGUACCAUCGGAUACUAAAUUAUCCAAGAUAAAAACUCUCAAAUUGGCCAUAUUAUAUAUUAAAUACCUAGUUGAAGUCUUAGAUGGUGAUCAAGAUCCUAAAAAUGGAUUUCGGGCAGAUUUAAAACCUUUGCAUCGUAAAAAUUCCCACGAAAAGAGAGCAUAUAUAAGAAAUGACACAAAGUCACUCAAUCGUCAAAGUAAAGGUCGCACAGGUUGGCCACAAGAUGUCUGGGCAUCAGAAUUGGUUCCAGAACAGGAGUAAAACAUUUGCAAUCUAUUUUAGAUUAUUUUUAGAAAAUACAAAUAAAAAAAACUUUAAAUUCCUUAACUUAUUAUUCCUUCAAAUAAAAACAAAACUAUAGUUUUAACAUACCAAAUGAAACAAACAAACAAUCCGAUAAA